AUGGCUUAUCUCGGCGAUACAAGUCAAAUGUUGGUAGAUAUUACGGAUGUUUUUACAACUCAUCAAAAAUUUGCUACCCUAGAUGAUGUUGUCAAAUGGGCUCGAGAUGUUGGAGAUGCCAAUAAAGUCGGUAUUAUCAUUACUCGGUCGGAUAAAAAGAACGGAAUAAGAGGAAGAAAUGACAAGUUGAUUUUGGGUUGUGACAAAGGUGGAAAGUAUGACUCUUCAGAAAGUUCCACGACAACUGCAUCGAAAAAGUGUAACUGUCCAUUUAAAAUUAGAGCUGCACCUUCAACAGAUGGUUCAGGAUGGAAAGUUCAGGUUAUUCAUGGAGUUCACAACCACGGGCUACCUGACCAAUAUCAUGGUCAUCCUCGCAAGGCACGUUUAACCGCUGAUGAAAACAAACGUGUUCAAGAUUUGACAAAGCGUAAAGUAGCACCAAGACACAUUGUUUUAGAUUUGAAAGAUCAAAAUCCAGAGUCUGUUGUUGAUGUCACACUUGUAUAUAGGAAAAGACACAUGAUGCAAAUAUAG